AUGUUGUGUAUAUUGUGUGUUGAUAUAGGCCGGACGUGGGCCGUCGCCAGCAGACCGGACGUGGGCCGUCGCCAGCAGACCGGACGUGGGCCGUCGCCAGCAGGCCGGACGUGGACCGUCGCCAGCAGGCCGGACGUGGACCGUCGCCAGCAGGCCGGACGUGGACCGUCGCCAGCAGACCGGACGUGGGCCGUCGCCAGCAGACCGGACGUGGGCCGUCGCCAGCAGACCGGACGUGGGCCGUCGCCAGCAGGCCGGACGUGGACCGUCGCCAGCAGGCCGGACGUGGACCGUCGCCAGCAGGCCGGACGUGGACCGUCGCCAGCAGGCCGGACGUGGACCGUCGCCAGCAGGCCGGACGUGGGCCGUCGCCAGCAGGCCGGACGUGGGCCGUCGCCAGCAGGCCGGACGUGGGCCGUCGCCAGCAGGCUGGACGUGGACCGUCGCCAGCAGGCUGGACGUGGACCGUCGCCAGCAGGCUGGACGUGGACCGUCGCCAGCAGGCUGGACGUGGACCGUCGCCAGCAGGCUGGAUGUGGGCCGUCGCCAGCAGGCUGGACGUGGGCCGUCGCCAGCAGGCUGGACGUGGGCCGUCGCCAGCAGGCUGGACGUGGGCCGUCGCCAGCAGGCCGGAUGUGGGCCGUCGCCAGCAGGCCGGAUGUGGGCCGUCGCCAGCAGGCCGGAUGUGGGCCGUCGCCAGCAGGCUGGACGUGGACCGUCGCCAGCAGGCUGGACGUGGGCCGUCGCCAGCAGGCUGGACGUGGGCCGUCGCCAGCAGGCUGGACGUGGACCGUCGCCAGCAGGCUGGAUGUGGGCCGUCGCCAGCAGGCUGGAUGUGGGCCGUCGCCAGCAGGCUGGACGUGGGCCGUCGCCAGCAGGCUGGACGUGGGCCGUCGCCAGCAGGCUGGACGUGGGCCGCCACCAGCAGGCCGGACGUGGGCCGUCGCCAGCAGGUAUGUGGGAGGCCGCGAGAGGCCCCUGGGGACUCUCGCGGCCUUCUUGUCGGACGUCUCGCGGUCAUGA